AGCUGUGCCAGCCGGUUGGCUUUCGGGGCCUCUGCGUUGCGAGACAGGACGCGGACAUUGAAGGCGCUGUUCCGGUGCAGCGAGAGGGCGACGGAGCCGCCCAGGUUGCCUGAACAGUCAGAAGAAUAGAAGAAUAGAAGAAGGAUAGAAGAAGAAACAUACCGGUCCCUCCUACGACAGCGACUCGCUUUGGUUCAGUCAUGAUCUGAAUGUGAGAAGACUAAAGAUUAUCUGGAAUGACCGAGAUGCGACCCUGAACUGUCCACGGAGUAUAAAGCAGGGAAGUGUGCAGAGUGAACAGAGACAACAGUGAAUAGGUAAGGCAAAAGUCACUAUGGAGUCUCUAUAUUUAUCUAUCCUGCUGCUGGUGACUGCCGUGUACAAGCUGAUCGUUUACCCUGCCUUUCUCUCCCCCCUGGCCCGGAUCCCCCAUGCCCACUGGUCGAGCGGCUUCUGUCCGCUGUGGAUCUACUGGAUGCGAUGGACGAGCCGGGAGAACCGCACUGUGUACGAGAGGCAUAUGCGUCUGGGGCCGGCAGUGCGUCUGGCUCCCGGCCUGGUCAGCAUCAACUGCUUCGACGAGGGACUCAAGAAGAUCUACCAGGGCGGAUUCCCCAAGCCGGUGUUCUACUUCCGGGGGUUUGCCAUCUACAAUACCGAGAAUAUCUUCACCUUUGAGGAUAACGCCCCCCAUACAGCCCGCAAGCGCCAGAUCUCCAACACCUUCUCCAAGUCGUUUGUGCUGGCAUCGCCGACAGCGCGGGCCUCGACACGCGACGUGCUGUUCAACACGUAUCUGCCGCUGCUGAGCGAGGCGGCGCGGUCCCAGACGCCCGUCGAGGUGCUGCAGAUGAACUACUCGUACGCCAUGGACACGUUUGUCGGCUGGCAGUUUGGGCGCUCGCUGAGCAGCAACAUGCUGGGCGACGCCCGGGAGCGCCAGAUGUACCUGGACGGCUUCUUCGCGCCGUACCCGUACCUGUUCUGGAUGUACUACUUCCCGGGGCUGGCGGCGCUGCUGCGAAAGGUGGGCGUGUACCUGGUCCCCCAGUCGGUGGACGCCAAGUUCGGCGCCAUUGAGGAUUGGAAUCUGGAGAAAUGCGACCGCGCCCAGCAGCUGCUGGCGAGCGGCAAGCCGCUCGCCCCGGAGAACCAGCCGGUGGUCUUUGAACAGGCCCUCCGGGCGAUGAGCGACCUCACCGCGCCCGCUCGCGCCUAUCCGCAGCGCCUGCAGAUCGCCAGCGACAUGUUCGCGCACAACUCGGCCGCCUUUGAGACCAGCGGCAACACCGAGACGUAUCUGAUGUGGGAGAUGAGUCGGAAUCCCGAGUGGCAGGCCCGGCUGUACGAGGAGCUGCGCGGUGUGAGCCCCAGUCUGGUGCAGAAGAACAAAGCCGUCGUGCAGAUGGAAGACAUGCCCGAGCCCCGGGAUCUCGACAGCCUGCCCAUCCUCCACGCCGUGAUCAUGGAGACGCUGCGGCUGUGGCCCGCCGUGCCCGGGGGCCAGCCGCGCGUGGUGCCCCGGGCGUGCUCCCUGGGCGGCUACGAUGACAUCCCCGCGGGCACCGUCGUCCAGUCGUACGCCUAUAUCCUGCACCGCACGCCCGAGGUGUUCCCUGAGCCGCACGCGUGGAGGCCGGAGCGCUGGCUGGACGCCGACCCCGAGCAUCUCGCAGUGAUGAAGCGCUGGUUCUGGGGGUUCAGCAGCGGGGGGAGGAUGUGCAUCGGCAGCAACUUUGCUUUCUACUCAAUGAAAUACCUGGUGGCGGCCAUCUACGCCAACUUCACGACCACCAUCCACGACCACGGCGACAUGGACUUGUUGGACGCCUACCUGGCCGGGCCGAAGGGACACCGACUGGAGAUCAAGUUUACGGAACGGAGUAGCCAAGGGGAAAGUAUAUAGAUAGGAAAGUAUUCAAUGUGAUUACUCGG